GUGUACCCCUUUAAGGAGGAGCCGCUGGAGCGCUGACGGUUGGGAUUUGAAGUUCUUCCUCCCUCUUUUGAAGUCUGGAAGGCGGGGAGCGGGGGGGACUGUUGCCAUAGAGAUGACACCCUCGCCCCCCUUCCCUGUGCGGACGCCCCGGCGACUCUGGUCCUCUUUCGCUGUCAUGUCAUGGGCCCGUCCCCGCACUUACCCGCACGUCUCCCUCCCCGCCUCCCACCCGCGUCCUCCUGACCGUCCGUCUUCCCAGUCGGUGGGGUCGGCAUCGUUCGUGCUUCUCAAACUUCUGGGCUGGGAGCUGUCAUUCUGCAGGUUGCCGGGGGCCGCGGGAGGUGGCGGGACCUCCGGACCUUCGCCGCCGGCGCUCGCUUUUCUGUCCGAGUGGGACGUGUGCAGGGAGCUGUUCUCCCGCAGGCUUAUUUCGCUUAGCAUAAUGCUCUCCAGUUCCAUCCAUGCUGUUGCAAAUGGUUUUGAGAGUAUUUUAGAAGGGCUUUAUGGACCACGGCUACGAAGACACCUCAGUUUAUUUGAAGCUCUAUGUCCUCACCAGCAUUUGAUGUCAGUGUAUUGGACUUUAACCAUACUGUUAGACUGUGAACCAGAGGAACUGACCGACUGGUCUAUGGAUGAAAAAUGUUCAUUUUGUAACCUACAAAGAGAAGCAGUCAGUGAUUGUAUACCAUCUCUUGAUUCUUCACAGUCAACACCAACAGAGGAACUAUCAUCUCAGGGCCAGUCCAACACUGAAAAGAUUGAAUGCCAAGCAGAAAAUUACCUAAAUGCACUCUUUCGAAAGAAAGAUCUUCCUCAGAACUGUGAUCCUAACAUUCCCCUAGUUGCUCAGGAAUUAAUGAAAAAGAUGAUACGUCAGUUUGCAAUUGAGUAUAUUUCAAAAAGUGGUAAAAUUCAAGAGAAUAGAAAUGGUUCAAUUGGACCAAGUCUAAUAUGUAAAAGUAUCCAAAUGAACCAAGCAGAAAACUCCCUUCAGGAAGAACAGGAAGGCCCCUUAGACCUCACUGUGAAUCGAAUGCAAGAACAAAAUACUCAGCAAGGGGAUGGAGUGUUAGAUCUCUCUACAAAGAAAAUCAGCAUAAAAUCUGAAGAGUCAUCCAUAUGUGAUCCUUCUGAAAAUUCAAUGGCUGGUUCAACUGUUGAUGCAAAAUCAGAGGAAGCUACUAAAAUGGAAAAAGGAAAAUCAGCAUUAAGCAAAGUUUUGGAAUCUUUGUGCAUACAUCACCAGCAACAAGUUUUGGCAAUGUUGAAAUUUCUAGUCCAAGAGCAGAAUGCUGCUUCUCUUUGCUGUUCUAAUACAUCUUAUACUGUGUCUUCAGAAUCUCAAAAGCCUCUAAUUGAAGAUGAUAUACAUGGUCUAUUCUGUCAUUGUGAAUAUAGGCUGGCAGAAAGAGGGUGUUUACAAAAUGAAAGACAAAGCCCUGGUUUUGUGCCUCUGCCAGUCUGUAUUAAAGAUUUACAUUGUUUGUCUUGCCAAACUGUAACUAUUGAACACAUUAAGACAGUAGUGAAUAGAGGAAUUGCAAACAGUUAUACUUCUCACAGGUGCUGUUCUGGACUGUUUCCAAACAUUCACUCUUCAAAAUCCGCCUUUCAUACUCCUUUUUCAUCAAGGGAAGUACUCAGUGAUGUUUCUGUUAGUCUUGAAGAUAUUUGUAGAUCUCGAAGUCCCUCACCCCCACCAUUAUCACCUGUACAGACUGAAGGAUUUGAAAAAUUGAAAGAUGUCAUCUCAGAGCUUUCAGCCUUAGAAAAUAACAGACUUGAAACAAACAUUAACCAACCUCCAUUCCUCACACCAGCAGAAAUAAGUAAUGACAAAGAUGAUCAUGAAGGUAAAAUACAUAAAACCAAAAUAUCCAGUAACUCUGAUUCUUUGCUCUUGGAAGGCAGCAAUAAUUGUACUACAAAUCAUGAAAAAGGUGAAACUACUGUAAUUUUUCAAGAUUUAAUGGAUCGUAUUAAUGAAAAAUUAAAAUCAAUAGAAACUACAGAUACGACAAACCUUAUAAAAUUAUCUAGCAGUGAUUGUAAUACAGAUAAUGAUUUAAAACUGAGAGAUUUAAUAACUUCCCUCUUGCAUAAUGCAAAGGCCAGUGAUUACAGUUUUAUGGAAUUACUGAGUCAACAUGAUAAAAAGCUCGAAAAUAAAAUUAUUCAGACAAGAUUUCGAAAGCGUCAAGAAACAUUAUUUGCGAUGCACCACUCUCCUGAUUCACCCAUGUUUAGAAGGCAGGCUUUACAGAUAAAAAGAGAACUUGCUAGUCUUGAUGAAAACUUUGUAAGAAAAAAAUGCAGUGAAAAAUUUUCAAGGAAAUUGGUAUGCAAUAAUGUGAUACUUUCAACAGACAAAGAAGAAUUCUAUAAUUGCCAAGGGCCUUCUUUACAAAAUUCUAAAAGCCUUCAAGACAGCAAUCAUGCAGAAAUAUCAUUUUCACCAGAUUAUGCAUUACAGUCCUUGCAACUACCCCUUCAUAAUUUAGAUACUAACUUGGCUUUUGACACAUUUUCAGAAAGCUUCAAAACAACUAUUCCUGAGAAAAUGAGCAUAAGAAAUUCACAGGAGAAAUCUGCAGCUGGAAAAAGUUUUUUGCAAAAUCAUGAGAAUUCAAAACUAGAAAAUACUCAAACUUCUUUGAAAUGUGAUGUUCCUGGACAUUUGAACAGAACUAAACGAAAUAUUGUGCCUCCAGGAUGGUAUUCUAUAUAUGUAACAAAUAAUUAUGUUCUCAAAAAAUCCCCUAAGGCCAAAAAGGUUUCUGAAUCUACAAAAAAAAAAGAUCAGGUGAAAAGUAUUCAAACUGAAAGGUCACACAAUAUAGAUCUAAACAAAAUUGCAAUGAAUUCUAAUUUACAAGUUAUUGUGGAACGUUUGGAAGAUACAAUAAAUAUGGCCAAGAAGUCUUGGAAUAAUCAGUCAUUGUUGGAAGGAUAUAAAGCAUCCAAAAAAUUGAAAGAAGUUGAUGGUAAAGAUCAAAAUGCUGGUGGAAAUACAACUCUUACUGUAAGUAGAAUGACAUGCAAAGAGCAGAGUUUAUCAAAAUCUGUGGCAGUAUCCAACAAUAUCCAAAGCAAUCCAAUAGAUUUGAAUAACAAAAGACUUGAUAAUCUGAAAAAGUCAUCUAUUUUAGAUACAGGUAGCUUGAUUUCCUCUGUUGAGAAUAUACCAACAAAAUAUGAAGCCACCAAAAGCUCUUUUUCCAAUUAUUCUAGUCCUAUCAAACUCAUGUUUUUAUCUGAGGUUAAAAGCAGUGAAGGAGUCAAAUAUACUUUAACUUCAGUCAAUAAUUCUGAAUCAAACAUUGAUUUUCCUUCUUCUGAAAAAUGUCCAAACCAUCAUAUAAUUGAAAAAAAAACAGAAAUAAAUGAGGACAUUCCAAAUGCUAACUUGGAAAGUGUUAGUUCUAAUCUUAAUGGUAGUGACACCCUUCAAAAAGAACUAAAAUUAAAUUGUGCAACAGAAACAGCAGAAUCUUCUGAAAUGUUUAUCGAUCAUACAAUUAGCGAUAAGCCACAGGAAGAACCUAUGGAAAAUUCAAACAGUGCAAUUGAUUCAUCUUUUAAAAGAAAACCAGGUAGACCUAAAAAAAUAGGUCCCCAGGUUGUGAAACAGAUUAAGCGACCAAUUGGAAGACCACCCAAACCGAAAACUGAUCAAACAGACAUUACCAUUUGCCAAAAUGAGUCUUUCAGUGCUGGAAAGAAAAGCCCAGAAUCUCCCCUAUCAGAAGUAAAGGAAGGUAUUUAUAAAAAGACUAUUACUGUAACUGUUAUUUAUGGAAGGUCAAGAAGAACUAAAAGGCAUGUUUCUGAAGGAAGUGUAAGCAUAAGCAAUGUUACAUCUUUAAACAGUAAGGUUACUGAUUUUCCAACUGAAUGUAAUAGUCUCAGAAAUAUUAGAGAAUUUGAACUUGACUCGGGUGAAAGAAUAAGUGCCAUUUCAAGUUUGACAACUGAAAGUGAGAUCUUGGGCUUUGAAUAUGUUAGACCUAUCAAGAACAAGUCUGUGAUACCUCAACCUUCUAAGAGCAUUGUUCGACCAAAUCAGAAGCCUUUGGCAAUAAUUAGGAAGCCUGGUAGACCUGCAAAAGUGAAAAUUUCUGGUAUAUCUGUAACUAUUAAUAGAAUUUCACCUCAGGAGAGAGCAGUGAGUAUUAGCAGCUGUUUACCUCCUUUAGAACAAGAGACUAUGUUGGAAAAAAGUUUGCCUGAAGAAAAGUAUGCUUCUCAGUGCAAUAAGAUGGAUACAAGGCAUACUGAAGCUGACCUAUUCAAGAAUGGAUCAAAAAGUGUGGUUGCUGCUAUACCUUUGAGACAUUCUAUUAGGGACCGAAAACCAUCUCUGCAUUUCUUACAUUCAUUAGCAUCUUCUAGCUCACUUAUUUAUAGAAAUACUCUGCUUCAUAAAUCGUAUAAACUCCAUUUGCAGAAAGGCAAAAGUCAGAAGGAAAAAAAUAGGCAGUCAAGGUUAAAAAUAGCUCCCAAAGGUACACCAGGAGCUAGAAAUUUAAGGAAUGCAAAAAAAUGUUUGGAAGAUAAAUUAAUACCCAUUUCUGAAGUAUCUUUGGACCCUAUAAUUUCAUCAAACCCUUUGCUCAGGUGGUGGGCUGCUUCUGCUUCGAACGAUUCCUUAUUAGAGGCGUUAAAUAAUAGAUUUGAGCAAAUUACAAAUGCUUGGGUACAAGUCAGUGGAGAUGAAGCUGAAAAUUAUGUUCAUACAAAAAGGGAAGACACUGAAAGUAAUAAUCUCAAAAUAGCAAACCCUUUGGAAACCUGUCUUAUAGAACUUGAAGUUUCACCUGUAAAAAUGCUUUUUCAGAAAAAAUAUGAUUUGAAUGAACUCUGUACCUGGUUUAUGCAAACGACAGAAACACAGUCUCUUUCACUAGUUAGAAAAGCAAAUGCUCGAAACCCUUUCGAAGUAAUAAAUACCAGAGGAAUUAAAUUAGGGAACAAAUACUCUGAUUUUAAUACCAGCCCCUUCCGAAAGCACUUUAAAAAAUUUGCACUAUCUUCUCCUUCAAAAUCAGGGAAGUUGCAUAUACUGCAUAAAAUGGUUAGCUCUCCACUCUUAAAUGUGAAAAAUAAUUUAACACUAAGUAGAUUCAAAAGAACUGAGUUUAAGAGGUUGCGACAUGAAAGGUGGAGAAGAGAGGGAAAGCUGCACAACCACGGAACAGUUAAUUGGAUCUCUAAAAAGAGGAACCUGAGAUUUUACUGCCAGAACCAAUUUUUUAGUAAGACUGAGGGAGGACCAAAUGCUGAUAUCCCACUCCAAGGAAAAAAUGCAGUAGGUAAUCAGUUUAUUUUGCCACCUGAGAUCAGGAAUGACUUUUUGCAACAGAGGGUGGCAGUGUCUGACGUUAGAACACAUGCUAGUUUAGAGAAUAAAUAUAAGUCGGAAGCAAAGGAAAAUGGAACAAAUUGCAGCCAAAAAGAUUUUGAAAAGGGACCAAGACUAGGGAAUGUAUGUCCAAGUAAUUGGAGGUCAAAAACCUUAAAAGAUUGUAGAAUAUUUUUGAGAAAAAUCAACUACCUUGAACACAGAAAUACUUUUAAGCUAAAUACAAUCAUUUACUCACCUGAAUCUGUUAACAGUGGAAGUAAUCAUCAGACUCAUAUGGAAGAAUCAAAGCGCUUUACCUUAAGAUCCCAUUCUGCUAGGCAAAAUUCUUUUAAAAAGCAAUCUAAAGAAAUAGAAAAUGCUAAGUCAAAUAGUCCUGCAGCUGAUAAAUUUCCUGGCCAACUUGACAGUAGUAAAUUAAAUAAAUGUGUUAAUUAUGACAAGACUCCUGAUGGCUCUGAAGUUCUUAGCAAAUUGAAGAAAAGAAAAAGACCAUGGAAGACCACAGAAAUUUCUACAAAAAGACAUAAACGACAGUCUUGCAACAGUGGACAAAUGGCAAACUAUUAUUCAAAAUCCCAAGUAGCCUCCAGACCUGCUGUCUAUAUGAGCAUGCUACAAAUGAAAAAUGAUGAGAAACUGAAUUUGUCUGAUGGGAAUACAGCAAGUAGCCCUUUGAGCCCCAUUAAGAUGUGCCUUAAUCAUCCCACUGAAUGGAAUCUGAAUUUGACAGCAUCUCUAGCAAGCUGUACAGUUCAAAACCAAAAUCUCACAAGUGAAGAGAAAUAGAUUGCAGUUCUUCUUGCACUAUCCUUAUUUUGUACGUCAAUAUUCUUUCUGCUGAACAAUAAGCAUUUACCAAUUGAUCUUGAAAUAUUUCUAGUCCUGUGAUUUGUCUUUAUAUCAUUAGCAUUAAUCACUUUGAUUAUAUUCUUUGUAUGUUUUUUACAUGUUUUACAUCAGACCAUUGUGGAAUUUUGCAGUACAGAUGGAUUUUGAUGUUUCUCUUUAAUGGUAUUUUGUGAAAUUUGUAUGCCCUAAGUUUAAAUACAUAGUUGUCCCCAAUUUUA